AUGCUUGGCAUCAGCGGACAGGGGAAGGACUCAAUGCUUGGCAUCAGCGGACAGGGGAAGGAAUCAAUGCUUGGCAUCAGCGGACAGGGGAAGGACUCAAUGCUUGGCAUCAGCGGACAGGGGAAGGACUCAAUGCUUGGCAUCAGCGGACAGGGGAAGGACUCAAUGCUUGGCAUCAGCGGACAGGGGAAGGAAUCAAUACUUGGCAUCAGCGGACAGGGAAAGGACUCAAUACUUGGCAUCAGCGGACAGGGAAAGGACUCAAUACUUGGCAUCAGCGGACAGGAAAGGGACACAAUACUUGGCAUCAGCGGACAGGAAAAGGACUCAAUACUUGGCAUCAACGGUGUGCAGAAAGAUUAG